CAGGAAACGGAAGUAGUCCCUUUAUUCUUCACCGAUACCUUACCGCUCGAUGCUGCUCACUGUGAGGCGGCUUAACAUUCUUUUUUGAAUUAAAACGUCACCAUUGUGCCAUUUUGGGAGCUUUGUCGAAUAACCAGACAUGAUUGAACCCAAGAAGAGAGUGGCGGACAUGGCGGUGGUGCCACUCGAAGUGAAGCGACCCCGGACGGAGCUGGUGGCGGCGGCCCAGUCUCAGCAGCUCAUGGCCGCGGGUCCCCCCAGGACGUCCAGCCUUCAGGCCCCCAUCAUGCUGAUGUCCGGCCAUGAGGGUGAGGUCUACUGCUGCAAGUUUCACCCCAACGGAUCCACGCUGGCCUCCUCAGGAUUUGACAGGCUCAUAUUGAUGUGGAACGUGUAUGGUGAGUGUGAGAACUUUGCUACGCUGAAGGGCCACAGUGGAGCAGUGAUGGAGCUGCACUACAACACGGAUGGAAGCUUGCUGUUCUCGGCAAGCACAGACAAGACAGUCGGAGUGUGGGACAGCGAGACGGGCGAGCGGGUCAAACGCCUGAAGGGCCACACCUCCUUCGUCAAUACCUGCUACCCGGCCCGCCGAGGACCCCAGCUGGUGUGCACGGGCAGCGACGACGGGACGGUCAAGUUGUGGGACGUGCGCAAGAAGGGAGCCAUUCACACCUUCCAGAACACGUACCAGGUGCUGGCCGUCACCUUCAACGACACGAGCGAUCAGAUUCUGUCCGGAGGCAUCGACAAUGACAUCAAGGUAUGGGACCUGAGGCAGAACAAGCUGAUCUACAACAUGCACGGACACGGCGACUCCGUGACCGGGCUCAGUCUCAGCUCGGAGGGCUCGUACCUGCUCUCCAACUCCAUGGACAACACUGUGCGUAUUUGGGACGUCCGACCGUUCGCGCCCAAGGAAAGAUGCGUGAAGAUUUUCCAAGGCAACGUACACAAUUUUGAAAAGAACCUGAUGAGAUGCUCCUGGUCCACUGAUGGGAGCAAAAUAGCAGCAGGCUCAGCAGACAGGUUUGUCUACAUUUGGGACACGACAUCACGCAGGAUCUUGUACAAGCUGCCAGGCCACGCCGGCUCUGUGAACGAGGUCGUCUUUCAUCCGGAGGAACCCGUCGUUCUGUCGGGCGGCAGUGAUAAACGACUCUACAUGGGGGAAAUCCAGUAGGCAGUGUGUGUCUGUGUGUGAGAGAGAGAGAAUGUGUAGGAAGUGGGCGGAGUUUAAGAGUAUGUUUGCAAUCACGUGCAUCAGAACCUCAGGAUGUUAGUCCAAUUGUUUUUUUUUUUUUUAAAUAAAAUUUUGUAUUCUUUGAGAAAACAACUGCA